GGGAAGGCGGGGGGAGUUCUUCCUCCAUGAGGUCGUGGUUUUCCUCCCUGAGCGCAGCUCCAAAUUAGGAAGCAUCCCUCUGAUCUUUGUUUCUUCAAUACGGCAUUUCCUUCUUUCCUUGAGGAGAAAAAUGAGCUGGGGAUUCCUACGUGAUCUGCUGAGUGGCAUGAAUAAAUGUUCAACAGGAAUUGGAAGAAUUUGGGUAGCAGUUGUGUUCAUAUUCCACUUAUUGGUUUAUGCUGAGGCUGCAGAAAACAUCUGGAAAUACGAAUAUGAUGAAUUUGAAUGCAGUAUCAAGCAGCCUCAUUGUGAAAAUGUCUGCUUUGACCAUUUUUGCCCUGUCUCCCAGAUCAGACUUUGGGUUUUGAAAUUAAUCAUGGCCUCCACCCCUUCACUCUUGUUGGUUCAUGCUGCUUACCAAGAGAACAGAGAGAAACACCACAACCAGAAACUUUAAAGUCCAGGAGAGCUAGAUGGUGGAUUGCUAUGCACUUACUUUGUCAGCCUUAUUUUAAAAACAGGAUUUGAAAUAAGUUUUCUUGUUCUGUUUUAUAAAUUGUACAAUGGAUUCAAAGUACCACAUCUUGUGAAAUGUGGCAGAAGUCCAUGUCCCAGUACUGCAGACUGCUGUAUUUCCAAAUCCACAGAGAUGAUUUCUCUUCUGGUGGCAACUUCAAGCUUGUGCAUUGUAUUAAAUCUAAGUGAAUUGAGUCAUCUAAUUUUUAAAUACUCCAUAAAAUGUUAUCUGAAGAGGUACAUCAAGAAACGUCAAGGCUCAGAGAGUGAUUGCCACAAGUCAGAAAUAAUCAGUCGUGACAGGCCGGCAACUGCAGGAUGGUUCCACAACAGCUCCAGUCCUUGCCUCUGAAUGUACAAGACAAAUGUGAAAAGAGUUCCCUGUUGACUUGAAAGAAGGCUAGACACCACCUCCCUGUUCCACAAGCUGUGUUUGUCCAAUUGCUCUUCCAAUCAGUGUAUCACAGAACUGAAAGGAUAGUUAUGUAGGAAA